CGUGCGCUUUACUUGACCCCCCUCUCAACGUCGCUGCUUCUCUUCCUCAGCUCCACCAGGCGAGGGGUUGAGUACCACAAACGUCUUUCUCCACCGAUCAGGGACCGUUGCCGCAGCCAUGGGCAAAGGCGACCCGAACAAGCCCCGGGGCAAGAUGUCCUCGUACGCUUAUUUCGUGCAAACGUGCCGCGAGGAGCAUAAGAAGAAGCACCCGGACACUUCGGUCAACUUUUCCGAGUUCUCCAAGAAAUGCUCCGAGAAAUGGCGGACAAUGUCAGCAAAAGAAAAAGGCAAGUUUGAAGAAAUGGCAAAGGGUGACAAAGUUCGUUAUGAUAGGGAGAUGAAAACUUAUAUUCCUCCUAAAGGGGAGAAGAAGAAGAAAAAGGACCCCAAUGCCCCCAAAAGACCACCAUCUGCUUUCUUCCUGUUUUGUUCUGAGCACCGCCCAAAGAUAAAAAGCGACCACCCAGGUUUGUCUAUUGGUGAUACAGCAAAGAAACUAGGCGAAAUGUGGUCUGAGCAAACAGCAAAAGACAAACAGCCCUUUGAGCAGAAGGCAGCAAAACUAAAGGAGAAGUAUGAGAAGGAUGUUGCAGCAUAUCGUGCCAAGGGGAAGGGCGAUGCAGGAAAGAAAGGUCCAGGUAGGCCAGCAGGCUCCAAGAAGAAAGUAGAACCUGAAGAAGAUGAUGAUGAGGAAGAAGACGAAGAAGAGGAGGAAGAUGAGGAGGAGGAGGAAGAUGAAGAUGAAGAGUGAAGUUAUAAAGUUGCUGUAAAGAUUUUGUGCUCAAAAGUCAAUGAUUUUGCUAAGAAUGUGAAGUCGAGUGCAGCUCAUUGUUAGCUUCAGUAUAAAAACUGUACAGAAUUGUGUAUAGGUAAUGUGAUUGUAGGGAGACCUGUAUUCUAAUGUAAGUAGUAGCUGAAUGCCACUACUGUUAGAUUUUAAAAAGCUGAUAUUGUCAAAUGUUCAGGCAUAUUUAAUGGUUCUUUGGAUUCAGUGACAGCUUGAUUUUGAGCAGAGUUAAAAAAAUGGUAGUAAAAUUGGUAGUCAACCUUGUCUUGCAUACUAUUGCAUUGUAUUACUUUUUUAACAAUUUUGUAAUAAAAUGAUGUACAUUAUUCUUGUUA